AUGGAUUUCCUCCUGGCGCUGGUGCUCGGGUCCUCGCUCUAUCUGCAGGCGACCGCGGAGUUCGACGGGAGGUGGCCCAGGCAAAUAGUGUCAUCCAUUGGCCUGUGUCGUUAUGGUGGGAGGAUUGACUGCUGCUGGGCCUGGGCCCGCCGGUCCUGGGGACAGUGUCAGCCUUUCUACGUCUUAAGGCAGAGAAUAGCCAGGAUAAGGUGCCAGCUCAAAGCUGUGUGCCAGCCACAGUGCAAACACGGUGAAUGCAUCGGACCAAACAAGUGCAAGUGUCAUCCUGGAUAUGCCGGCAAAACCUGCAAUCAAGACGAACACUUGCACCCAACUCCUCUUGACCAAGGCAGUGAACAGCCUCUUUCACAACCCCUGGAUCAUCAAGCCACAAGUUUACCUUCAAGGGAUCUAAACGAGUGUGGCCUGAAGCCGCGGCCCUGCAAGCACAGGUGCAUGAACACUUACGGCAGCUACAAGUGCUACUGUCUCAACGGAUACAUGCUUAUGCCGGAUGGAUCCUGCUCAAGUGCCCUGACGUGCUCCAUGGCAAACUGUCAGUAUGGCUGUGAUGUUGUCAAAGGACAAAUUCGGUGCCAGUGCCCCUCUCCUGGCCUACGGCUGGCUCCUGAUGGGAGGACCUGUGUGGACAUUGAUGAAUGUGCUACUGGAAGAGCCUCCUGCCCUAGAUACAGGCAGUGUGUCAACACUUUUGGGAGUUACAUCUGCAAAUGUCAUAAAGGCUUCGACCUCAUGUACAUUGGAGGCAAAUACCAAUGUCACGAUAUAGAUGAAUGCUCCCUUGGUCAGUAUCAGUGCAGCAGCUUUGCUCGAUGUUACAACGUACACGGGUCCUACAAGUGUAAAUGUAAAGACGGAUACCAGGGCGAUGGACUGAAUUGUGUUUAUAUUCCAAAAGUCAUGAUUGAACCUUCAGGUCCAAUUCAUGUACCAAAGGAAAAUGGUACCGUUUCAAGGGGCGAUGGAGGACACAGUAAUUGGAUCCCUGAUGUCAGAAGUACUAGGUGGCCUCUGAAGACACCCUAUGUACCUGCUGUCAUUACCAGCAGGCCCACAUCUGAGCCAACAACAAGACCUGCCCUGAAGCCAGCACCACAGCCUGCCGCACCCACAGAACUCAGAACACCUCCGCCAGCAACAGCCCCAGGAGGACCAACCACCAGACUGACAAGUGUAGCACCAGUUGCCACUGAGUCUCCAAGAAGGAUUACAGUUGACAACAGGAUACAGACAGAGCCUCAGAAACCCCGAGGAGAUGUGUUCAUUCCACGGCAGCCUUCAAAUGACUUGUUUGAAAUAUUUGAAAUUGAAAGAGGAGUCAGUGCAGAUGAUGAAGCAAAGGAUGAUCCAGGUGUUCUGAUACACAGUUGUAAUUUUGACCAUGGGCUUUGUGGAUGGAUCCGAGAAAAAGACAGUGACGUGCACUGGGAACCAGUGAGGGAUCCAGCAGGUGGACAGUAUCUGACAGUCUCGGCAGCCAAAGGCCCGGCGGGAAAGGCCGCUCGCCUGCUGCUCCCCCUCGGCCACCUCCUGCACUCAGGGGACCUGUGCCUGUCGUUCAGGCACAAGGUGACAGGGCUGCACUCCGGCACGCUCCAGGUGUUUGUGAGAAAACACGGUGACCACGGAGCAGCCCUGUGGGGAAGAAAUGGUGGCCACAGCUGGAGGCAAACGCGCAUCACCCUGCGAGGGGCUGACGUCAAGAGCGUCAUCUUCAAAGGUGAAAAAAGGCGUGGUCACACUGGGGAGAUUGGAUUGGAUGAUGUGAGCUUGAAAAAAGGCCACUGCUCUGAAGAACACGAGCAACUCCAGAACUAG